GAACACUUAUUGUAUUAAUGGAAAUUCUUAUGGUUCAGCUGGAGUCGUUACUGCUUGUAAUUAAAAAAUUUACAAAGUUAUGCUGAAUAAUAUGUUUUUCCAUAAUAUUUUAGCUAGUAAUCAGCGAAACGGUGAACGUGUAAAAACUGGUGACGUAUUUAAUUAAUAUACAAACUAUAAAAUAAAAUUGCAGUUAUACUGACUUAGUACGUACUAAUUUCUUUAACGUGAAAAUUGUUGAUUACUUGAUUAUUAUUUUAUUGUUAGUUGUUAAAAUAUUGCAUUAUAGUUUGUAUUUUUUGCUGCAUCAUGUGUAAAGAAUUUACGAAAAUUAUCACCAAUAUUGUUCAUCCACAUCAUUACUGUGAAUGGUAAGAUUAUUUUAAGAAUAUAUUCGAAUCACUACAUCAUUAACAUUUCACUACAUAUUGAUUCAAGAUUUAAUAUCAACCAGAGUUUUGUAUCAAGAAGAUUUCGCGUGAAAUUAUUCAUCUGAUGUCUGUACCUUGUAACAAUAACCCAAUAAAGACUACGAAAUAAAAUCUUAUAACAUCUGAGAACGUAUUUAAUUAAAAUAACUGGAAUCUUUUAAAUUUAAAAUGCUAAUGAAAAAAAUUUUAUUAAUUUUUUUAUAAACCUUGACACCUGAGGUUAUAAAAAGUGUCAUUUAGUCAAGUGUAGCUUAGUCUUUAAAAUGAUUCGGUACAGUUUGGUUUUCUUGCUGUUAUCGGUAAUAAGAUGUGAUAAAGUUCAAAACGAUGUUCAUAUUCCUAUUAAUUCAACCUUGUAUUGUAAAGUUGGGUUCAAUAAAAUUCAACCACCAAAUUUUCAUUGUAUAGAACAUGCGGGUUAUACUGGUUUUAAUUCCACUCAUUCAUGGUUUAGAGAAAAAAAUUUUUUAUGCACAGCGACCAUUAAGGAUAUAAAAAGGUCCGCUCGAUCUUGUUGGAACUAUCAAAGUCAUGUUAGUAUUAGUGUGAUGAAUGCUCCAGCAAAGUAUGGAACAGAUCGAUAUGGAAACGUAUUAAAAGAAUUGCAAGUGUAUGGUUAAAAUAUGAAAAAUCUUUUCAAAUAAAUUAUACUUUUAUCAUUAUUUAAUUAAAUUGGGAAAUUACAUCACAUGUUGUGUUUUCCUGGUAAUAACGUAGAUUAAUAAGUAAUCAGUUUCGUCAAAAAAUAAAUAAUCAAGCACGUUAACUUGAUAUCAUUUUUAAUAUAAAUAUUUUGUAAUAAUAUCUAUUUUCUUAAUAUGGUAAUAUUGACAUUUAAAGUAACUAAUUGAUUAACAUAAACUGGUAAAUUUAAAGCCGUGACACCACAUUUUAUAAAAAAUGAUUUAUAUU